UCCGGGCCGCUCGACGUUCGUCUGCUUCUGUCUGUCAGAGCAGCAGAUGCUCGUGGAUUUAGCUGUUAGCCUGAAGCUAACUGUUCGCACCCUCUCUCUGUCUCACCCUCUCUCUGUCUCACCCUCUCUCUGUCUCACUCGCUCUGUCUCACCCUCUCUCUGUCUCACUCGCUCUGUCUCACCCUCUCUCUGGUGAAAAUGUCCAGUGAUUCAGUGAAACUUUCUAAAAACCUCUUGCGCAUGAAAUUCAUGCAGAGAGGUCUGGACGCUGAGACCAAGAAACAGCUGGAGGAGGACGAGCGGAGAAUCAUCAGUGAUGAGCACUGGUACCUGGACCUGCCUGAGCUCAAAGCUAAAGAGACUCUGAUCAUAGAGGAGAAGAGUUUUGUUCCAUGUGAAGAUCUGAAGUUCGGUCGCUUGUCAUUCAGAGGAUUUAAUCCUGAAGUGGAGAAACUGAUGAUGUUGAUGAAUCCGAGAGACGAAGACAAAGCUGAGGAAGAGGAGGAGACGAGCAGGAUGCAAACAGACGUCACAGAUGAAGAAAUGGCUCUGAGGUACGAGAGUUUGGUCGGGAGCAUGAAGAGGAAGUUUGAGAAGAAGCGAGAGCGAGCAUCGACGGACGAGGACGUCAAUCAAAACAUCGUAGAAACGAACAUAAAGAAAAUUUUUCUGAAACCUCAGGACUGAACUUACAGAACGCGUCUGCAUGUUAAUGAUGUUUUUUUGACAUAGUUGUGUUUUUUCGGAUGGAAGUGGAUGUUAUACAUCCUGUCUUUACUUUUUUAAAGAUUUAUCUUUGAGAACCUGUGAGCGUUCAAAUGUUUUCACUCAUUAAAAAUCAAUCUCCUGUUUUUAAAAUUUAA